CUCUGCUCAUAUUUCUACCAAGCGUCUCUUCUUUUCUCGCUCGUGUCUUCCUGUACAACUACCCACCAAAACACCACACACCCACCCAUUUACAUCCGUCGCAAUGGCCACUUCCAUCCGCUCGAUCCGCUCCCUCGUCCCGCUCCUGGACCGCGUCCUGAUUCAGCGCGUCAAGGCCGAGGCCAAGACGGCCAGCGGAAUCUUCCUCCCCGAGUCCAGCGUCAAGGAGCUCAACGAGGGCCGUGUCCUCGCUGUCGGCCCCGGUGCCCUCGACAAGGACGGCAAGCGGCUACCGAUGGGCGUCACGUCUGGUGACCGCGUCCUGAUCCCUCAGUACGGCGGUUCCCCCGUCAAGGUUGGCGAGGAGGAGUACCACCUCUUCCGGGAUAGCGAGAUCCUGGCCAGGAUUAACGAGUAAAGAUAACCCCCCACGCCCGAGGCGCAAGUGUACUAUACUGUGUACCAAAAGUAACCCAUUUUCACGGGAAAUACAUCUCAAUUAUUUGAAGCAGAGUCGGGGACCAGGGAAAAUGCCUGUGAGGAGACGUGGUGGUCAUUUGGCUUCGGCAUGGACCGGUGUAUAAAAGAAUUUACUGCUGUAUAUGUGACCACACCUGUUCUGGUCAGCUCGAUCGAUCAGCUAUGACCGUCGGUCUUUCGGCUAGGCCAAUUCGUGUAGGGAUGGAGUCGCGGUUCCAUGAAAAUAUACGUAAUCCCCGCUCUCUCUUCACCG